GUUGAUUGAAUACUCUCCCUGUAGAAAAUUAGUUUCUAAAGCGGCGAAAUGGAACUCCUUAAUCUGGCACCAUGUUUAUUUGGGGCAAACCUUUCUCCAGAAACGAGAGACCCAGAGUGUGGACGAGGCCUAGAAGAAAAGUGAUGGAUCUCACCUCUUUGAUCAUUCUUCCACUGCUUUUUGGCAGCCUGGGGCUUUUUGGGCUCUUCCGGCUUCUUCAGAGAAUGCGUGUGAGAGCCUACCUGAAGGAUGCAGUGGUGGUGAUCACAGGAGCAACUUCUGGACUAGGGAAAGAAUGUGCCAAAGCUUUCCAUGCUGCUGGGUCAGAACUGAUACUGUGUGGUAGGAGCAGAGAGAGACUUCAAGACCUUCUGCAGGAGCUCUCCACUGCUGCUGACCUCCCAAAGAACCCCCAUAAACACCACACUGUGGUCUUUGACCUCGCUGACAUCAAAGCAGUCGUUAGCGCUGCUGGGGAGAUUUUGAAGUGUGCAGGCCAUGUGGACAUCUUGAUUAACAAUGCUGGAAUCAGUUACCGCGGCACAAUUGUGGACACCCUGGUGGAAGUGGACAGGAAAGUGAUGGAAACCAAUUACUUUGGCCCAAUUGCUUUGACAAAAGCAAUUCUGCCUUCCAUGAUCAAGAGGAGAAAAGGCCACAUCGUUGCCAUCAGCAGUGUUCAAGGCAAAAUUGGCAUUCCUUACCGCUCGGCUUAUGCUGCCUCUAAGCAUGCCACCCAAGCUUUCUUUGACUGCCUACGAGCAGAAGUGGAGCAGUAUGACGUCGACGUCACAGUUGUGAGCCCCGGCUACAUUCAGACAAAUCUCUCACUUAAUGCUGUAAUGGCAGAUGGAUCCCAGUAUGGAGCAAUGGACAAGGCAACCUCAGAAGGCAAGGCAGCUGCAGAGGUGGCUCAGGUGGUUCUGAGUGCUGUUGGGGAGAAGAAGAAGGAAGUGCUGGUUGCUGGCUUCAUGCCUUCUCUGGCUGUGUACGUGCGAACGCUCUGUCCCAGGCUCUUCUUCCUCUUUAUGGCAUCUAGAGCCCGGAAAGAAAGGAAAGCCAAGGAUUCCUAACCAAUUGGAGUUCGUUUUAAACCACUGGUUUAAAACCAGAAGCUACCAGCUGAUGUGUCCAGGGUCUGUGGGGAGCAUGAACUUCAGGAUUGUUUAAGUUGCAUCUCUCGCUUGUGGUGAAGAGUCUGAUCCAGGCUUCUGCUGCUUGCACAUCACUGAUGGCAUCCGAAAAGCUGCUUUCACCACUUACAGCUUUGUUGGCUGCCUAGGACAACGAGUUAAGCCACAAGAAAAAUCUCCUGCAUGUUGAAAUGAGCAGGAACUGCACACCUCCACAGCUCCCAUUCGUCUUAUUUGGGCUUGUCCACAAGACAACAAGCUACUGGCAGCUAACUUUACUUUGCUCUGGCCUAGGCUCUCAUCAGCUGAAUGUAAAAUACCUUAUUGGGGGAGAACGAAAGACUACCAUUGCCUCAAAUAUCAUUCUCUUAAAAAAACUAAGUGGUUGCAGGCUGCUUCUUUUUGCCAGGGUGGGGAGAAGGGAUGCAGGCAGCUGAAAUUAAAUAAGAUUGUGCUGCACAUGCAUUGCC